GAACAUGAAUUCCGUAUUUUUGCGAAAGGCAGGAAUAGCAUUGAAAGAUACCUGCCCCGGGCUUUCUCGCCAUUAUCUGAUACAUUUGUUUUUUUACUAUGCUACCUUGAAGAGGGGAAAGCUGCCAGUAAAUUGGCAGGUUGUACCAUCAAACUUUGGACAGUCUUAUAAUUGAGCUUCUGCACCCGCUUGUCCAAUGGCUACAAGAUGAUCUCUCUGCAAGUCAAAAUCAACUUUAGAGAACAGAGGAAGAAUGUGCCCGUUCUGCUUCCAAAUCUUAUCGCAUGAUAAUUACAAAGUGCGCCUGAGACCGAAAAUGAAAAUAACACCACGCAUUGAAAGACUUCUCCAGAAAGAAGCAAAAGAUUACAGACUAAACCUAAAACAAACGAAGCUCCUCAAUAAAUAUAAACUUGCUGAGAGUGUACUGGUAGUUACAUGCAACACAUGCAAAAAAAAUUCUAAAUUUCCUGGGGAGAGUCGAAGUAGUCUUGCUUACAGUCCUGGCACUCCCAAGAUUAAGCGUGGUUCUGCAACUUUGGAUCUGAGAACCCCAAGUUCCGUUAGAAAGGCAAACUUAUCUUACAGUGAAGAGAAGCUCAGCUCUACAGGCAAGAGUCCUGUAACAACUCCCAGGUUCUGUGCUUCUGCACAGUCUUCACCAGCCUCUCUACCAAAAUCCGUGAAAAAAGGAAAAUUCAAGUUCUCAAGAUUAAAAAUGAUUCUAAGUCAAGAGACAAAAGAAAUACCUAAAAAGGCAGAUUUACAGAACUUCCUUUCAUCACUUAGCUAAUAAAUACUAUUUGUGUUUCUUUGUGGAUCUUAUAUGUAUGUACAACGGGAUUUAUUAUAUAAGAAGUAUUCUAGUAUUAUUUUGCACAAGUAUAAACAGUUAUUUUUUAAUCAAGUGUUAAUAAAUUAAAUGUGGAUUAAUGAGU